AUAAUGUAAAUAUCACUUAUCAGUCCAUUAAUUCAUUCAUGUACGGUCGACGGGGUCGGGCCAAAUAUUAUAAGCAAUUUUUUGAACUGAUUUGAAUUGAAAUUUCGCUUAAAAAAUACAAUAAAUUAUUCUUAUCUUCCGUCAAUUUACCGUCCUACUUCAGUUGAGGUAAAGAUCUUCACCAGAAUGAGUAACGUCGAAAACGACGAGGAGAAAUUGAAUUUUCAUAGGAUAGUAUCUGCGUUCAACACAUACAGAAACCACUCUCUCAACAGAAUAAGUCGUACUGAAAAAUAUGUCAGCACUUUACCAGCCAAUCAUCAAGAAUUAUUGCAAAGCUACAAGGAACACCUCGAUAACGUUCGCAGAUGUAUCGAACAAAAUUAUACCGUCAUAAAAUUGAUCUUGAAGGAUGUAGAAACUCUAUUUGAAAAUAUUAAUCCGGAAGAAAAUAAUCCUCGUACCGUUUGUAUACCGCGAGUUACUGCUGUGGAAACAGACCAAGAUAAGGUCCAGUCUACCUUGAAGCAAUUUGUUCGUGAUUGGAGCACGGAAGGUAGCGAAGAACGAAGAGUUUGUUACGAACCCAUCGUCGACGAAAUAGUUAACCAGUUUCCAAAACAUCUAUACGAAUCUCAUACAAUUAAAGUUCUCGUUCCUGGAGCUGGACUGGGACGUUUAGUAUUCGAAAUCGCUCGACACGGUUAUACGUGUCAAGGAAACGAAUUCUCGUUAUUUAUGCUUAUCGCGUCUAAUUUUGUUAUUAAUAGAUGUCAAGGAAUUAAUUUACAUCAGAUAUAUCCCUGGAUUCAUCAGUGCGAUAAUAAUUUAGAUACGAAAGAUCAAUUAGCUAGUAUUUUCUUUCCGGAUGUCAACCUUUCAGAAAGCAUUCCUAAAGAUUCGCAAUUUUCAAUGGUCGCCGGUGACUUUUUAGAGGUAUAUACAACUGAAAAUGAAUGGGAUUGCGUGUCAACGUGUUUUUUUAUCGACUGUGCGAAUAAUAUUUUAGCGUUUAUCGAAGCCAUUUAUAAAAUAUUGAGACCUGGUGGCAUCUGGAUCAAUUUAGGCCCUUUAUUGUACCAUUUUAGUAAUAUGGUAGAUCAGAAUUCUAUCGAGCCCAGUUACGAAAUGAUGAGAGAAAUCAUCAAAGGCUUCGGUUUUAUAUACGAAAAAGAGAAAACAAAUAUCAAGUCCAAGUACGCUCAAAAUCCGAAAUCUAUGCUGCAGUAUGAAUACGAAAGCGUGUAUUUCGUAUGCCGCAAGCCGAGAGUUGACGAAGAUGACUCGUGAAAAACCAACGUGUACGUUACGAAGAAUUUCUGAAAAAUGUAUUAACAACAGUUGACAAUAUUUUUAUUAUUACUUAUUGUUAGAUGCAUAUUAAUCUUAAUUGGCGUAUUCUCGAAUGAAACAUACCGAUGUAAUCGUUGUUGGUACGCAUUUUGCUGUCCUAAAGAAGACAAAAUGAAUAAAUGAUGUUUCUUACGAAA